AUGCAUUCACAGAGUUAUCAUUCAACAGAGGAUACCAUCGGAGCGAUCCUACCGUCGUACAUGAUGUACACUUCAACUGUGGGUCUAAAUAUGAAUACUGCAGUACAAAUACAGAAUCAAGAUCGUGAACCUCCAAGUUAUACAAGAAAUUGGCCAGGGCAUACUUUAAAUUUUGAUCAUUUAGUAUCCCCUCAAUCAUCAUUAUCACAACUAGUAAGCCCUUCAAGUGAAUAUGCCACAGCAUCACCCGGAAUCAACACUCCGGGGUCAUAUGAGAAUUUAUAUGAGAAUAAUGAACCUCAUACUGAAGAUUCACUACUUGAUAAUAUUCAUCGUCUUCCACGAAUUGUGAACUCCGAGAGUAAGAUUUCUGAUAUCGUCAAACUAGAGAUUUAUUUCACCAAAGACAUUGGCGAGAUCAAUAAAAAACCAGAAUAUGUUGAUCCAUCCAUACACGAAUACAAACGAGGAGAUACAAUUAAUGGUUAUAUCACAAUUGAAAAUACAUCAAAAGUUACAAUACAAUAUGAAAUGUUUAUUGUCCAUUUUGAAGGUAUUUUUAUGAUUACAGAUUCAAAAAAUCAUGAGAAUACGACACCAGUAAAAUUACACAAGUUUUUAGAUAUUUUUGAAUUUUCAACUAGUUGGACAGAAGCGACUAUUAAUAGGUUAGCUUCUGAAAGUGACAAUGUGCAUGUAUGUCCUCAAAGAUUUGAUCCAAGAGAUGGUUAUUAUGUUUCAUUAGGAAACAAAAGAUUACUUUUACCCAAUAGAAAGUACAAGAGGUUUUUUACUUUUAAAAUACCUAAUUGUUUACUAGAUUCAGAAUGUAAUUCACAUGGAUUGAGUAGGCAUAUUGGAUUGCCUCCAACAAUUGGUAAAUCAAAUUGGAAGAAUAUCAGUUCUACAAUUGAACUUGAUGAAUCAUUUGAUGAUUUUUCAUUACCAGACACAAGUAAUUAUUAUGGAAUAUCUGCUAGAUUUAUUGCCAGGAAACUUAAACUAGAGGAAAAGUUUGGAACCAUUGAAUUAUCUAGAGCCACAAAAGAAUCACUAGAUUCUACCAAGGAUCAGUUUAUUGUAUUUAAAGAAUUAACCAGUUGUAUUCGACUUGUAAACGAUUCAUAUAUCCCAACUGAAGAUGAAAGAUCAAUGAAAUUAUUAGAAAACAGAGUUAUAUUGAACAAUCUAAUACUGAGAAUCAAAGAGAAAAUAGAUAUUGGCAUUGAAUUAGUUCAAUCAAUAGAAGGACUCGAAUAUGAUAGUAACAUAGAUAUGACCAAAUAUUUUACUGAUUCAGAACUUGAAUUACAAAAAUUAAGACAACUUUAUAAAGCAAGAACUAACAGAAGUAUAAAUCUUGAACCAAAUUAUCAAUCUGUUUUACCAGUAAUCAAGAAGAACCUAACAGGUGGAUACAAAAACUUGGGUGCAUUUAAGAUAUCAACUCCAAAAACAGUUUAUUCAAUAUCAUAUAUUCCACCUGAAAAAUAUCGUGAAUCAUUAUCAAUUGAUAACCUAUCAAAAACUUGGAAUCUUCAAAUCCCAUUGGAUUUAACAUACAUAUCAGGAACUUCCAAUCAUAAUCAUAACCAUAAUCAUAUAACGCAUCAUUUAAUUAAAUCCAUAACUGCACAAUUUGUUAUACUUACAAUCAAAUCACCAAAACAUCGUAUUCCAAUAGAAUUCAAUCAUGACUUAAUAUAUGAACAGAAUAUUUCGGAAGAUCCAAUAAAACAAAAUUUCAUUAAACCUUUUAAAGAAUAUUCAUUGGAAUUAUAUCAACUUCUAGGAGUUUUAGGGAAACAAAAUUUUCAAGUUGAGAAACAAUUAGUUGAAGAUAUUAAAUCAAUUGUUCAAUUGCAAUAUAAAACAAAUGAUUUAUAUAUAUGUAAUAUGAAAAUUAAUGAUGAAACUUUAAACAAAAAUACAAUGAAAUGGAAAGAUAUUGGAAAUGGGAACCUAAAUACAUCAAUUAUGGUUGGGGUUAAUUUAGAAUCAUUAUCUUUCAAAAAUUUACAUACUUUACCUGCUUCACUUAAAUCGUAUAAUAGGUUUAAUUUCUUACCUGAUUUUCAAACUUGUUAUAUGAGUAGAUUAUAUCAUAUCAAGUUCAAUAUUACCUUGUUUAAUGGUGAUGUUGCGCAUAUAAGAGUGCCAGUAAAUAUUCAAAAGAAACCAUAG